AAAUUUUCAGAUCCGUUGUUCUUUUUUCCAAGAAAAAGUGUAAUUAUGCCACCAAAAAGAAACGUUGGGAAGGUUGCCCAGACUUUACAAAUUGGGCUUGGUGAAGGCAGUCCAGCACACUCAGAAGGAGAGAAUGAGCCAAUCAUUCCACCACCAUUGUCACUAAUACUUGGGGAGCAUUAUUUUGUCAAUCCUACCUUCAACAAGGAUAGUGAAUCUGGAGAUGAUGUUGCUCAAUCUAGUGAUUCUCUUGUGAAAGUUGUGUCAGAUCAGAUUAGCAUCAUAAGGCACACACUGCUGGAAUCUAAGGAGAAAGCUCAACAAAGAAGCCAAGAGGUUGCUAGACAGUUGGAUGAGUCUUUUCAGAAUUUGGCUCAGAAUUUGGCCCAAAGUGUAGCCGACAUGCGGCGAUCCAAUGAAAAAAGUGCCAGAAUCUGGCGUGAGCAAAUUGCAGAAAAUUGGAGAGCUUUCCAAGCUGAAACAGAACGAAUGCAGGAGGCAUUUCGACAUGCUAGAAUUGAUCCUCAACCACAAGCAGCAGAUCUUCAAAGGCAGAAUCAGAAUAUUCCAUCUCUAGCACUCGGGGGGCAAAAUUCAGUUUAUACUUGGAGGCAGAUGGAAGAUCUUUUCCAUAUCCAGUUUUACCGUAGUGAGCCAAAAGUGUCCAUGGCAGAUUUAUCUCGUCUGGUGCAACGACCAGGAGAAACAUCUGAGGCCUUUCUUACUAGAUUUUGGAAGGCCAGACUUAAGUGCAUAUUUGCCUUGCCAGAACAGAAAUUUGUCAAGCUGGCACAAAAUGGUCUGGACAUUGAAUUGAGGAAAAAGUUUGAGGGAAUGGAGUUUCGUGAUUUCUUUGAGUUGUCUUACAAGGUGGGUUGUUAUGAAAAUUUAUUGCGAGAGGACACACAAAGGAAAUCUGCAUCUCAUGGGACUUAUUAUGGUGAUGCUAACUUUGAUCUGGAUGUGGUAGAAGUGGUGGCAAACAAGCUAGUUGUUUGCUCAGAUUUGGUUAAAGUGGUCCAGCAGACCGUCAAAACAAUAAAACGUUAUGUCGAAGAGGCUGGAAAACAAUACACCUUUGACAUUUCAAAGACUAAUGAAAUUUUUGACCACCUUAAAAAGAAUAAAAUCGACAAGGGUAUUCUGUGUUUUCCAAACAAGGCCAAAGAAACUAUGGGAGUUGACGCAAAUCCAUUCCCUACCAUGUCUGUUGGGGUGAAUGCGGCAGAUCUCAUGAGCAUUGCCAGGGACAGAACUCAGACAUACUAUAGGCGUAGACUUGCAACUGAUGAUCUGAGAGAGCAGUCAGAAUCUGCAGUCUGUCACAAGACAGAUUUGACUGAGGAAGAAGAAGUCAUUGAGAUCCCAACUAAGUCAGAAUCUGCAGUGAAUGGUGGCAGAACUGAAGUCGUGACAGCAGAUGACAAGCCAUUUGUGGCAAAUACCAAUGCAGUGGAAGCUCGUUAUUAUGAUGAAGAUAUUGGGACUAUCUGUUUCUUUGGGAUGGACCGCUAUGGCAGACUUUCUAGAAUUACUGCUUGCACCAGAUCUGCAGUGGACAGACAGACUGUGAAGGAGAAAGAUCGAAUUAAGCACCAGAAAAAGGAGGCCGUGGAAGAAAUCAAGAGAAAAUUAGCGACUUACCUUGCAGAAAAACGAAUCUAUGUAGACAAAUCUGAAGUAGUCUAUGAAGGUGAAGAAGAAGACUUGAAGGAUCAAAUAACACUAGAGGAAUUAGAUCUGGCACUAGCAAAACUUGAUGAUUUGAAGGCAGAAGUACAAGAUCCCUUGGAAGAGGUAAAUCUAGGUCUGGACAAAAAUCUGGUAGAGCAUAGAUUACCAAUUAGAGAAGAUUUCAAGCCUUUUAAACAGUCGCCUAGACGAAUGUCUCCAGAAGUCACCUUAAAAGUUAAAGAAGAGAUAGAGCGGCUGUUAAAGGUUGGUUUCAUCAGAACUUCCAAAUAUGUGAAAUGGUUAUCUAAUGUGGUUCCUGUGGUUAAAAAGAGUGGCAACACGCCACCAAUUCUAUCAUUCAUGGAUGGCCACAAUGGAUACAACCAGAUUUUUAUAGUAAAAAAGGACAUUCCAAAGAUCGCUUUCCGCUGCCCAGGAGCUAUUGUGCAUGAGCGAGGUCUGGAAGUGGAUCAGAACAAGGCAAGAGCUGUUAUUGAAGCACAACCGCCCAAGAAAAUUGGGAAAUGGGUUCUGGCUUUGUCAGAAUUCAACCUAAAGUACAUGCCUCAAAAAGCUGUCAAGAGGCAGACCUUGGCAGAUUUCCUAGUAGAUCAUCCGUGCCUGGAGGUAGAAGCGGAUGAGGAAAAAUGUAUUAAUUUAUUUUCCAUAAGUCUGGUUCCUUGGAAGCUUAUCUUUGAUGGAUCUAGCACAGAUUCCAUGUCUAUAGCAGGAAUUGUUAUUAUUUCUCCAACUAGUUUGAAAACCCAGAUGUCAUUUCAGCUAGAUUUCAAUUGCACCAACAACCAAGCUGAAUAUGAGGCGUCGAUUAUUAGAUUGGAAGUGUUGGUAGAGCUAAAGGUACCUGUGGUAGAAAUAAUUGGUGAUUCACAAUUAAUGUUAAAGCAAUUAGAAGAAGCAAAUGAGAUGGCACAAAUUGCCUCGGGCUUAAAAAUCCCAGAAGACGUGAUGAGCAGAAUUGUUGUUGUGCAAAAACGAAUUCUGCCAUCUAUUAACAUGCGUGAUGAGUACUGCCAGAUUAUGUCAGAUGUGCAUAGCGGAAUUUGUGGUGCACACCAAGCUGGAAUUAAGAUGAGAUGGCUAAUUCGUAGACAUGGAUUCUUUUGGCCAUCGAUCUUGAAAGAUUGCAUCAGCUAUGCUAAAGGAUGUGUCGUAGAUUUGAUCAAUAAAGUUUAUCCUCCUUCAACUAGAGGGCAUUCUUUUAUUAUUGUUGCCACAGAUUACUUUACCAAGUGGGUGGAAGCAAAGCCAAUGAAGAAGGUUGACCAGAUCGAUAUUAUUAAAUUUCUUAAGGAAGAAAUCAUUCACAGAUUUGGUUUGCCAGAAACAGUGGCUUUAGAUCGGGGAACAGUUUUUGUUGGUGCACGAGUUGAGGCAUUUGCAAAAGAAAUGGGAUUUAGGUUACUCACUUCAACCCCUCAUUAUGCUCAAGCCAAUGGUCAAGCUAAAGCUUUCAACAGAAUUGUGAUAAAUCUACUGGAAAAAAUGGUUGAUGAUAAUCCAAGAUCAUUGCGUAUAGCAAUUCAACAUAGUCUCACUUCUGGAGAAUAUAAUGAAGUAAUGAUUCUAGAGUUAGAAGACUUGGAAGAAGGAGAUCUGGUAUGGAAAGUAAUUCUGCCACCUGGAAAGAAAGACCCUAGAUUUGGGAAAUGGUCUCCAAAUUGGGAAGGACCAUUUCAUAUACAUGAAGUGCUUAGAAGAGGAGCAUAUUGGCUUGAAUCAUUAAAUGGAGAGUUACAUCCUCAAAAAAUAAAUGGAAUCUACCUUAACCCUUACUAUCCUAUGAUAUGGGAGGCUAGGGUUUGGAUACCAUUGAUUCUACCUAAGACAGAUUUGAGGCCAAAUCUAGCUGUGAACAACCACAAUGGCCAGAUUUCGACCAUGACAGAUUUUAACCUGUACUAGAGUAUGAACAAAAAGUACAACAAGUAGAUUUUCAGAAUAUGAGCAAAGAAAGAGAUCAACAUUGAAAAAGAAGUUUGCAUGGCCUAUAGGCCACAAACAAUAAGUUCAAACAUGACAAUGUGCAAGUUCAACUAGCAAAAAAGCAAAGGAGAUACAUAAAAAAAAAAAAUCAACAAAGGUUGUUUUGCCAAGUACUCCAUUCUUCUUUCAUGUUCUUGAUUUCUUUGGGGCUUCAUCUGUAGAGGCUGUGAAAGAAGGUAGCUAAUCUUUGAUCUUGGCAGCAGUUUUCAAACCAACUUCCAUGUCUACGUGGAGCUUGUUUCUUUGAUCUGCCAAAUUCUUCUCAGUUUGCUCCGCAAGAGGAACUUGGUUUCUUAACUCUGAAAGCUUGGCUUCAAGGUUAGAGAUUUCUUCUUUAAGCUCUUGGAGAUGUUUAACUUGUGUGACAUGAGCAUCCUUUGCUGCCAAGAAUUCUUCCUUCUUCUUAAAGACAAUGGCAGUGCUAUCC